ACACUCGGGUAACUUGCUCUUCCCCAUCUAUCCUAUUCCACCUCAACUCCUGCCACCAUGACUCGUUUCUUCUGCUGUGGAAGCUACUUCCCUGGCUAUCCUUGCUAUGGAACCAACUUCCACAGGACCUUCAGGGCUACCCCCCUGAACUGCGUCGUGCCCCUGGGCUCUCCCCUGAACUAUGGUUAUGGAUGCAAUGGCUACAGCUCCCUGGGCUACAGCUUUGGUGGUAGCAACAUGUACAACAGGGGCUGUUGCUAUGGCGGCAGCUGUUUCAGGCCAUGGGGCUCCAACUCUGGCUUCGGCUACAGCACUUACUGAUGGACCCAAGUCUCCAGGCAACUGCAGAACUCUCCAGCGAUUCUCUGUGUGCGAACCAACCUGAAGAGCAAUGACUGUCUUCCUGCCUCCAGGUGUGCGUGGGAGAUACAGCCUCUGUCUUCUUGCUGACUUCUUACUGAGCUCCUGGUCUUUGAUGAUGCUGAACAAGCCACCCAGGCAUCCAAUGCUGAACUGAUGCUCACCUACAGCCAAGGAGAGCAAGAUGUGGUUCUCCCACAUAACCUGAAUUUUAGGCGUGAAGCAAGUAGUUUGCCUCUUCUAGUUGCUCUGCUCCUGUAUUAUUAAAUUCUACAUUGACAUCAAUGUAUCACAAUUGGGUGUGGGUAGGGUAGAAGGGGGUUUUGCUGUCAGUCUCUUAAUAAAAUAAAUAAAUAAAUAAAUAAAUUUCAUUCAGCACA